AUGAGCAACUCCACUGAGACCUUGGUGACGGAGUUCAUUCUGCUGGGCUUCCCGGAGCUGUGCCACCUGCGAGGGCUGCUGUUCGGGUCAUUCCUCAUCGUCUACGUGGUGACCGUCCUGGAGAACCUGGUCAUCGUGGUGACAGUCCGAGCCAGCCGCCAACUGCACACGCCCAUGUACUUCUUCCUGGCCAACCUGUCAGUGCUGGAGACCCUCUACACCUCAGUCACCGUCCCCAAGUUGCUGGCUGGCCUCCUGGCAUGGGCAAGGACCAUCUCCUUCUCAGGAUGCCUGACCCAGCUGUUCCUCUUCCUCUCACUCGGCUCCUCUGAGUGCUUCCUCCUGGCCACUAUGGCCUGUGACCGGUACCUGGCCAUCUGUCGCCCGCUGCACUACCCAGCCAUCAUGGACUCAAGGCUGUGCCUGCACCUGGCCCUCACUGCCUGGCUGGGUGGCUUCCUGGCCUCCUUUGUGUCCACGGCUCUCAUCUCCCACCUCAAGUUCUGUGGCCCUAACGUCCUCAACCACUUCUUCUGUGACAUCUCGCCCCUGCUGCAGCUCUCCUGCACCGACACCACCGCCAUCGAAGUCGUGGACUUCGCAGCAGCCCUGGCUGUGCUCUCAACCUCCCUGCUGGUGACCAUGGUGUCCUAUGGCCACAUCCUGGCCACAGUGCUGAGGAUCCCCGGGGCGGCCGGCCGCAGGAAGGCCUUCUCCACCUGUGCCUCCCACCUGGUGGUGGUGGCCAUCUUCUACACCACCACCAUCUUCAUGUACGCCCGCCCUCACGCCAUCAGCUCCUUCGACCUCAACAAGCUGGUGUCUGUGGUCUACUCGGUUGUGACCCCCCUGCUCAACCCCAUCAUCUACUGCCUGCGGAACCGUGACAUCAGGGAGGCUCUGGCCAGACUCCUCCGGGCCCCUGGCCCCUCCUGA